AUGAUAUCUGAGAACGAUUACUCUCAUGCUAUUAACGUAUGGCAACGGUUCUCCAUUCAAACGCUAGGUGAAUAUAGCGACAUGUAUCUCAAAAUUGAUGUUUUGUUGUUAGCCGACAUUUUUGAAAAUUUUCGUGAUAAAUGUAUGGAAAGUUAUGGACUCGAUCCCGCGCAUUAUUACACUCUCCCCGGAUACACGUGGGAUGCUAUGUUAAAGUACACGAAAAUUACUUUUGAAUUGCUUACAGACAUUGAUAUGGUCAUGUUUAUCGAACGCGGUAUACGCGGUGGCCUUAGUCAAUGUUCUGGUAGAUACGCACAGGCUAACAACAAGUACAUGCAGUCGUAUGAUCCAUUGAAACCGUCAUCGUAUCUAAUAUACUUUGAUGUGAACAAUUUAUACGGAUGGGCAAUGUGUCAACCGCUGCCGUAUGGAGAUUUUCGAUGGGUCAACGACGUGUCCAAUUUUGAUGUAUUAUCAAUCGCGCUCGAUUCACCAACAGGCUAUAUCCUCGAGGUCGACCUUGAGUAUCCACAACAUCUUCACGACGCGCACACCGAUCUACCCUUCUGCACCACGCGCGAUAAGCCGCCCGGUAUGCGACAGGAGAAACUUCUCGCGACGCUUUACAAUAAAAAGCGUUACGUCAUCCAUUAUCGUAACUUGCAGCAGUGCAUGCGCCACGGUCUUCGCGUAACGCAGAUACACCGCAUAUUACAAUUCGAGCAAUCUCCAUGGCUCUGCAAAUACAUAGAACUGAACACACAGUUCCGAACCCAUGCAAAAAAUAAUUUUGAAAAAAAUUUAUAUAAACUAAUGAAUAAUGCAGUAUUUGGCAAAACCAUGGAGAAUGUGCGCAAUCGCGUCAAUGUAAAAUUGCUAACAAAGUGGAAGGGUAGAUAUGGUGCGGAGGCAAUGAUCGCUAAACCAAAUUUUCAUAGUCGUAGUAUUUUUGCGGAAAAUCUUAUUGCUAUUGAAUUGCGUAAUCUCGAAGUGAAAUUCUAUAAACCUAUUUACGUGGGCAUGUGCAUACUCGAUAUUUCUAAAACAUGUUUAUAUGAAUUUCACUACGAGUACAUGAUGCCUUUGUAUCGUGACAAAUCUAGAGUUAUGUACACUGACACAGACAGCCUCAUUUAUUACAUUCAAUGUGAAAACAUAUAUGAAAACAUGAGGCGUGACAUACAUAGAUUUGACACGAGCGAGUAUCCGAUCGACAAUGCGUAUGGUAUCCCUCUCAGUAACAAAAAAGUGUCGGGCCUGAUGAAGGAUGAAAAUAAUGGCGCCAUUAUGACCGAAUUCGUGGGACUUAGGGCAAAAAUGUAUGCGUUAAAGGUAAAUGGAAAAAAGGACACAAAAAAGGCUAAAGGUGUAAAAAGCAAUGUUGUGACACGAACUAUAUCCUUCAAUGAUUAUACGCGCUGUCUCAACGAAGAGAUCGAGUUGACACGUCGCCAGUCGUGUAUAAGAUCUAAACUACAUCAAGUAUAUACGGUGUCGGAAACAAAAAUUACCCUGAGUCCUUACGACGAUAAACGGUAUCUUGUACCGGAUUCGACCGAUACAUUACCGUGGGGACAUUAUCAGAUACCAUUAUAA